AACUAAACUAUAAGCAUGUCAGCCAUCUUUAUCCUAUUAACCAUGACCUUCCUGAGCCUGACUACCCUCAGCCACGCAGACGACUGCGACGUAGAGGGCUGCCGGUGCACCCAGAUGGAGGACACGUACAGCCUCGACUGCUACGUCAGCGCCUUAACCCAAGCAGACUUGCAGAUGACGUCGGCGAUAUCGGCCAAGGUGACGUCAUUGUCCCUCAUCUGUUAUCCGAGCAGGCGUCAGAGUUCGCUCACGUCUGACCUUUUUGGCGGGUUCACGACCCUCGAGUCCCUCUCGUUGAGUCAGUGCAACAUCAGCGUGGUGACCUCCCCGUUGCUCCUGACCAGCCUUCGCGUGCUGACAAUAUCCCAGUGCAUCCUGCCCACGCUGGAUCCGAACCUGCUACAAGAGCUGACACGUCUGGAAAAUCUAACAAUCGCCGAGUCUGGCUUGACGCGACUCACGAGGAUAUCCAACCUGUCAUCCCUACGCUUCUUAAAUCUUUCAAGCAACUUCCUCACGACACUUGAACCUGACACCCCCGAGUUAAGUGGACCCGCCCACCCUGAUACUCCCGCGUUAAGUGGACCCGCCCACCCUGACCCUGACACCCCCGAGUUAAGUGGACCCGCCCACAAUGACCCUGAUACCCCCGCGUUAAGUGGACCCGCCCACCCUAACCUCACAUUCAUAGACCUCAGCUACAACCAGAUCAAGGAGUUCCCCGUGACGUUGCUGCGGUCAUCUCCCCAGCUCCAACAGCUGCUGCUCCGGCGCACGUCCAUUAAGGAGCUGAGUGUGCCGGAUGACCUUGACCUCAGAAACUUGACCGUCCUGGAUCUAAGUGAAAACCGACUGGACAAAGUGCUCUUGUCAAGUGCUCUAAUGUAG